AAUUCCUUUUCGUUCACCGGAUCGUCUUUUACAAAACAGUUAGGAAGUUUCCGUAAAUUCAAAUGCCUACUCCCUCUCUCACUGUAGUUAUACUCUGCAGUGAAAUAAAAAAAGGGCUUCCACUGUUCCACAAACACACACUCGCUCUCUCUCUCUCUCUCCUGAUUCUCUCUGUUAGGGUUUCGCGUCAACUAUGGCUUCCUCUCCGCCUGAACCUGCUUUAAAGACAGAAGGCGGCGGCGGCGGCGGAGAAAGUUCAGAAGCGAUUGUGAUAGCAGCAGCAAGCGAUCAACUUUUACUGUACAGAGGACUGAAAAAGGCUAAGAAAGAGAGAGGAUGUACUGCCAAAGAGCGAAUUAGCAAGAUGCCCCCUUGUGCAGCCGGCAAGCGCAGCUCCAUUUACCGUGGUGUUACCAGGCAUAGAUGGACUGGUCGCUAUGAAGCUCAUCUUUGGGACAAAAGUACCUGGAACCAAAAUCAAAAUAAAAAGGGAAAGCAAGUUUACUUGGGUGCAUAUGAUGAUGAGGAGGCUGCAGCCAGAGCGUAUGAUCUUGCCGCCUUGAAGUAUUGGGGCCCUGGGACUCUCAUUAAUUUUCCAGUUACAGAUUAUUCGAGAGAUCUUGAAGAGAUGCAGAAUGUCUCGAGAGAAGAUUACCUUGCAUCACUUCGAAGAAAAAGUAGCGGUUUCUCUCGAGGGAUCGCUAAAUAUCGCGGGCUUUCCAGGGGAGACUUGUCCCACAUCGGAUUCGGAUGGGAAGUGAAAUGGGUAUAUAUGGGUUGGGUGUUAGCCCCACCUAAUAGCUUAAGCUUUUGGUUUGGAUCACGACGCACCCACCCGUUACAGUUGGUAUCAGAGCCAGACCCACAGUCCUUGAUCCGGUGCCACGCCAAGCGCCCGGUCCGGAAGGAUUCCUGCAAUCGAUGGGAUUCAUCAUUCAGUCGUAUGGCUGGGCCUGAUUACUUCAGCAGCAUACAUUAUGGUACAAGUGAUGAUGCAGCAACAGAAAGUGAAUUUGUAGGUGGGUUUUGUAUUGAUAGAAAGAUUGAUCUGACGAGUUACAUCAAGUGGUGGGGACACAACAAAUCCCGUCAAGCAGAUUCUCUCACAAAAUCAUCAGAGGAAACAAAGCAUGGUUCUUCGGAAGACAUUGGCAGUGAACUUAAAACACUGGAAUGGGCAAACCAGCACACAGAGCCAUACCAGAUGCCGCGUUUGGGCGUGUGCCAUGAAGAAAAAAAUCUUAAAAGAUCCUCCAUGUCUGCAAUGAGCAUCUUGUCCCGGUCUGCAGCCUACAAGAGUUUGCAAGAAAAAGCAUCAAAAAAGCAAGAAAACUAUACCGAUAAUGAUGAGAACAAAACCAAAAAUGCUAUCGAGAAAAUGGAUACUGGCAAGGCAAUUGAGAAAUCCAGUCAUGAUGGCGGAAGCGAGAGACUUGGAGUUGCAUUGGGAGCGGGUGGUGGAUUGCCUCUUCAGAGAAAUGUAUACCCAUUGACUCCUUUCUUGUCUGCACCACUUCUAACUACCUACAGCAAUGUUGAUCCCUUGGCAGACCCUAUUCUUUGGACGGCUUUUGCUCCUGUUCUUCCUACUGGCCUUACUCGAACUGCUGAGGUUACAAAGACUGAAAGUGGUUCAGAUUAUAAGUUUUUCCAUCAGGAGGAUUGACAAGUCCUUCUCUUCUACAACUAUGGGGAUUUUAAGUUAAUGCCUCUGCUGUGCAAGGAAGGGAAAUAGAAGUGAUGCUGAAUGUUUUGAAAAUGUUACACAGGAGUUCUUUUGUUUAUGCAGCUUCGUUUCAGGCGAUAUUUCAGAGCAUGUCAUGUACACAUGCAUACAAUGGUGCGGAGUAGAUUUCCCUUUUCUGUUAAGUAGAUGAGAGAGUGUCUAUCCUCUCAGGCUGUGGGACUGUGAGACUGUUAAUUGUGGUGUUUCUUGCCCUCUCCCUCAUUGUAGAAGGAUUUGGUUGCGCAUUUUGAGUCUUGCUGCAUAAGACCUCUUUGGUAUAGGUUUAGAGAAAGUGAGUAUUAACUCUUUCAUAAAGAUCGUGAUUACAUAUAAUAAGUGCAAAAUGGUAUCUGCAAAUUUGGACGUGUUUGUUACUUGUUAAGAGUGAUAGACAACGUCACAAACGUCUUUAAAGAGUCUACAGUCGCCUUGAUAGGCAACAGUCGCGUGUGUUUUUCUAGCUAAAGGUACAACAGACACUUCAUGUAUAUAUAUUUACAUUAAGAAAUUUCUGCUGUUUAUUGUUUUCUUCA